GCCUCUCAGCGACCUGGGCGGAGCGAGGCGUUGCCCUCUAGGCGCGGCGGGAGACCUCGUUUCCGGGCAGCCCCAGAAGCGCAUGAAAAGAUACCCGCCGGCUUCCUCUGUCACGGGGGCCCCCUCCGCGGCCAUGUCGGAGAGGCUCGCUAAACCGACGUGCCUCAUGGUGGCCAGUGCGGCGACUGCAGGUGUCUCUGCUGAUUCCUUCUUUCACUCAUUUACACUGGCAAGCUCUGCCUUCAAUCUACAGGUUGCUACCCCAGGGGGAAAGUCAAUUGAUUUCACUGGGAUUACUGAGGCAAACAUGCGUUGGAUCCAGGACUUCCGUAUGAAGUCCUAUGCAAAUCCUGCCAAGCUAGAAUCAACUGAUGGUGCCAGAUACCAUGCUCUCUUGAUUCCUGACUGCCCUGGUGCUGUGACAGAUCUGGCAAACAGUGGUUAUUUGGCUAGAAUACUACAGCAUUUCAGCUCUGAGAAUAAGCCUAUUUGUGCUAUUGGACAUGGAGUUGCUGCCUUGUGUUGUGCGACAAAUGAGGAUAAAUCCUGGGUAUUCCAAGAAUACAGCCUAACAGGGCCUUCUGUAUAUGAACUGAUAAGGUUAACUAGUUUUGCUAGUUUACCCAUCAUUGUUGAGGACUUCGCAAAAGAUUCAGGAGCGUCUUUUAGUGCCAGUAAAGCAGAUGCAAUACAUGUGGUGCUGGACAGACACCUUGUUACGGGACAGAAUGAAAAUUCUACACUUGCAGCUGUACAGAAUCUUAUUUUUCUCUGCAAUGGCAGCAGAAAAUGAAGUCUAAUAAUGAGAUGAAUACUGAAAACGUCUUCAGCUUGGGUGACACCUGAAUGUUCAUGUGUGAACCUGUGAAUAUCCUGUCAACUUGUGGAAGAGAAAACCAGGAUUCUUUAGAGAUGGGAUUCUAAGUCUUGUGAAGAGCAUUGUGAACUGUUGAAACUUGAAACAAUAUAACCUUAAUGUUUUUCCAUAGUUUAAAAAACUACACUCACUUUUCUAGAUCCUAAAGUCUGAUUAAGUCAAGAGAGGAAACAAUGAUUGUCAGCAAGCCUGCUCAGGCCUGAAUUUUACUUUAAUGCCCCACUAUCCCUCAAUAGAAAGUGAAAGCAGAAGCUUUCAAAUUAAUCAAAAGUUCCUCUAAAAUCCAAACUUGUUUAAACCAGUGUUGUGCAGAUCUAAAGCUUGCACAAUCUAUACUGAGUCUACUUGGAAUACCAUCAUCCGCCAGCUAAAGCCCAGUGCAAGAAUUAAGUAAAUCAGAGCACAAAUAAAACGCAGCUGAGUCUUAUUGCAGUACAUAAAGGAACACUCACAAUCACCCUGUGUUUUUUUACGUCACUAUAAUUUAGAGUGAAAAGAGAUUAUGUGGCUGUAGUGUUAAUAUAAGUAGGAGUGAGACAUGCUUGUAGAUCUAUUACCCAUGACUCAAAAUGAUCUACUUUAUACUCAUCCUUAGUAUAAACCACGGUUAACUAGGUUAAUUGCACCUAAACUAGGCCUUUCAAAUUCAUAUUUAUGACAAUCAAUUAUACAUGCAGUAAUCUAACAUAUCAAGAAAACAAGCCUAUGAAAUCAUUUGAUUCCAUGCUAUUUUCAUAUCGUUCAACUGAAUUUCAAACUUUGUAAUUAGUGCAGAACUGAAUUUACUUGGAAAUCUAUGUAAGCUUCAGUCCAAUGAAGUGUGAAAUUACUGAGAAAUCAUGCAAACUGAUUUUCUUUUAAAGGAAACCAAACAGUUGAAAACGUAACUGUGAGGUUGGCUGGGUUAAUGGUUUAAAUAUGUUGUUUAAAAGAUAUCUAAUCUAUUGCAUGUGACUGGUCAUUGUUCCAUUGUAAUUAGUCUGUUUCUAAGAAUUGUAGCAGCUGUUGGACCAAUUUUACUUCAUCUUUUAUCAAACAAACUUUGUGUAUCCUUUCCCCAGAGAUGAACAAAGUGAAUGCACUACACUAUGCAUACUUUUGCUAUGUAAUUAUCUGAUUUGCUUUUAUAAAAUAUUUGGCAAGAUAAAGGUUUCUUACUGAUACAUUAACUGUAUUCAAGAUUAAUAAUGGUGGAAACUGAGA